AGCACCGCGGCGCGGCGGCGGAUCUCCUCCCGCGGCGGAGGCGGAGGAAGAGACCAUGUCUUUCAGGAAGACAGUCACUGUACUGUAACAGCAGCGUAUCCGCAGCAAAAUAAACAAACCGGCCAACCAAAAAUACCAAACAAACAAAAAUAGCCCGAGCCGCCAAGACGCUGGGGGCAGAUCCCGUUUGCAGGCAAGGUGUUUUGCUUAAAACUCAUCCCGCCGCCGUGUGACAUCGCUGUAAAUGUGCCGGGAGGGGAAACAAAAGCAUUAGAGAGGGACACAAGUGUCUGUGCCUCACCUGUUUGACUUCUCUGCCGUUGCAAUGCUGAGCCAGAUGCAUGCCCGGUGCGCCUUCUUCUAAAUGGCAUAUGCACGUUUUAGGUUGACUAUGGUGCGUCAAGCUCUCUGAAGGACCGGCAUGGAGAUUGGCACUCUGAACUGUUAAUGGGGACAUGGGACUCACGUUGCCGUUGAUCAUUUGUGUGGACUUAACCAGCAAAGACCAACAGAAGACGCUAGAAAGGCAGUUGGAAUUAUAGCAGUUUUUCAGGUCACCAAAUCCUGUUAUUUUAAUUUCUGUCUGGAAGAAUGUCUGAGCAAGGUAAAUUGAACCAGGAGACAGCAGAGGAAGCUGCAAAAGAGCAGGAGACUGCCAUCUCUGAAGCCAACCCGGACAACUGUGUUCUUAAUAAAUCUGAAAGCUCAGAAGUAGAGGAGGAGAAGCUCAGUGAUUCCAAGACAGAGCUGCAGAAGCGAGGUGCAAAUCAGCAGAAAAAGAGAUCCAAGUCAGGAGCUAAGGGAAAACUCGUGCGGAGUCUUGCAGUGUGUGAAGAGUCAUCCCCUCGCCCAGGAGCAGAAAAUCUUCAUGACAACCAGGAAUCAAUCCAACUACAGCUUUCAAGUUUUCCUAGCUUGCAAGAAGAAGAUAAAUCUAGUAAAGAUGACUCCGAAAAAGAAAAAGAGAAGGAUAAAAAUAAAGAUAAAAACAGUGAAAAAGGCAAGAUCAGAAUGCUAUCAAAAGAUUGCAGUCAAGAGUAUACAGACUCAACAGGCAUAGAUUUGCAUGAGUUUCUCAUUAACACAUUAAAGAAUAACCCCAGGGACAGAAUGAUUCUCUUGAAAAUGGAACAGGAAAUUAUUGAUUUUAUUAGUGACAACAAUAAUCACUAUAAAAAGUUUCCUCAGAUGUCGUCGUAUCAGAGGAUGCUAGUCCACAGAGUGGCAGCGUAUUUUGGAAUGGAUCACAAUGUGGAUCAGACUGGAAAAUCUGUAAUUAUCAACAAGACCAGCAAUACAAGAAUACCAGAGCAAAGGUUUUCUGAACAUUUAAAAGAUGAAAAAGGUGAAGAAUCCCAGAAGCGAUUUAUCUUGAAGCGAGAUAACUCUAGUAUUGAUAAAGAAGACAAUCAGUCAGUUUGCUCCCAGGAAAACCUUUUUGUGGAAAACAGUAGGCUGUUGGAAGACAGUAGCAUAUGCAAUGAUAUGCAUAAGAAGAGACAGCUGUUUAGGGGUAACAGAGACAGCAUUGGGAAGACAUCUGGCAGUCGACAGAGCAGUACAGAGAACGAAUUGAAGUGGACAGACCACCAGAGGCCAUGGAGCAGCACAGACUCGGACAGCUCGAAUCGAAAUUUGAAGCCAGCCAUAACAAAGACAGCCAGUUUUGGUGGGAUAACCGUCCUGACAAGAGGAGAUAGCUCAUCAAGUAACAGAAGUACCGGCAAACUGUCUAAAACAGGCUCAGAGUCUUCCAGCAGUGCUGGCUCCUCAGGAUCACUGUCACGAAUACAUCAGCCUCUCCAAAGUGCAUCUCUCAUCCCUGGGGUAACGGCCAAUUCUUCAGGCAGCGUGUCCUACCCUGAGAAUGGGAUGAGUGGCCAGGUGGCCCCCAGCAACACCAGCUAUAUCAUUCUUCCACUUGAAGCUGCAGGGAUACCGCCUGGCAGUAUCCUUCUCAACCCACACACAGGUCAACCAUUUGUAAAUCCUGAUGGGACACCGGCAAUAUACAAUCCUCCCAGUGGCCAGCAAACGAUGAGGGGCCAGGUGGUGGGACAGUCUCAGCAGCAGCCUUCACCCCAGCAGCCUCAGCAGGUUCAACAGCCACAACAGCAAAUGGCAAGUCACCUUGUCACACAGCCUGUUCAGACAAUGCAGCCAUCUUCUCAGUCGGUCCAAUAUCCAGCAGUUUCUUAUCCUCCCCAGCAUCUCCUGCCGGUCUCUCCAACGCAGCAGUUUUCUGUGCGGGAUGACAUGACAGCGCAGUUCAACCAGAUGAGCUUAAGUCGUCAGUCAUCAGGAGACAACCCCGAGUCGCCUUCCGGCCCCGUGUACCCCUCGCCGCUCCUGCAGCAGCCUGCCCAGCAGACAGGUUACAUCAUGGCCUCCCCGAGCCAGCAGCUUCCCCCAGGAGGCUUCACGGGCUCAGGACCACCGGUGUCCCAGCAGGUGCUGCAGCCGCCGCCCCAGGGCUUUGUGCAGCAGCCGCCGCCACCUGCUCAGAUGCCAGUGUAUUAUUACCCAUCUGGUCAGUACCCUACCUCAACAACUCAGCAGUACAGACCCAUUGCCUCAGUUCAGUACAACGCACAGCGGAGUCAACAGAUCCCCCAGACUGCCCAGCAAGCAGGUUACCAGCCUGUCCUGCCAAACCAGCAGCAGGGGUUCCAGGGUCUCAUGGGAAUGCAGCAACCGCCCCAAAGCCAGAACCUGAUGAAUAAUCAACAGGGAAAUCAGGUGCAAGGCAUGAUGGUGCAGUAUCCAGCCAUGUCGUCUUAUCAGGUAUUUAGAAGCUGUAAGGAAAGACUUCUUUUCUUGGAGAAUGCUUAAUUGAAUUAAGUUUUUGCAUCACACAGUGCUCUUAUAACUUCAUUUGGAUAGUGUGUGUGGCAGGAAGCCUUCUGAUGAAUGCGCUUCUAAGUCAAAUCAGUUUAUUUGCUUCCUAUUUACAUGAUCUUAGUACUCCUGAUUUUCAUUCUGAUUUUGGAAUGCCUCAAAUGAACUAUUUAUUACAGCCUGCAGUGAGGGUAAUGUCACAAAGAACGAAGGAAUUAGACUUCUUCCUGUGAAGAAAAUUAAUUAAAAAAAAUAAAAGAACAUUGUUCAUUUCUUCUCUUUUUUGCCAGUGCAGUACUGUUUCCUGUAAUGAAGUUGAGGGCUUUGCCUGAUCCAGUUAAAAAUUACUCACCUGUGGAGACUCCUGCCAAGGAUCUCACCAUGUCUUCUAUAACAAGCUGUAGCCAGAUGGAUUAUUGUUUAUUGGGUUCUGGGGAGAGGGAAGGCAGUGGCUUGAUUUUUACCAAGUCCGUAAGUUACCCAGACUUAUUUACCCACCUUUAUACCUAGUUUCCGUGAGUUAUGCCCAGCGCAUGUGAGAGGUGGCCUAUGCUUACAGUUCCUACUGGUCCCUCUGGAGAGUUAAGAAACGAAAUGACAUCUAAUUCAUUUUAACAGAUUGCACUGAUUGAGCAGCCAUUCCCCAUUUCCCUCAGCUUCUUUGAAGACACUUCAGCGACACAGAUGGAAAUGGGGGAAUUGCUUGUGGGUAAAAUUUUCCCCUUACAUCUUCAGAUUUACCAUAUUGAAAACGUAUUUUAAAGGUUAAUGAUCAAGUUAAAGGUUUAGACCUUUUGGAUGGCCUAGAUAUACCAGGGUCGAGUCUUCUGUUUGCACUGAUCCCAGUAAUGCAUAUUCUACUGGGUCUUGACAGACACACUUUCUAGGCCUAAAAGUAGAGGGAGUUCUCUUUAAAAACCUUCCGUAACAAAACAAUCCUCAGAGAUGAGAACAAUUCUGAGCAGCAGAAAAUAGCACAUUUUGGCAGAACAUAGAGUAUACUCAAAUUCAGCGAAAAGGAAUAUAGGGAUACUGGGAACCUACUUUAACUUGCAUAGUAAUUGCUGUCUUUUCUUCCCUACAUCUUUCCGUAUUCCUACCUAGGUGCCAAUGACCCAGGGUUCUCAAGGAUUGCCGCAACAAUCAUAUCAACAACCAAUCAUGCUACCUAAUCAAUCAGGUCAAGGAACUCUUACAGCCACUGGAAUGCCUGUCUACUGUAAUGUCAUACCUCCUGCCCCACAGAACAACCUCCGGUUGAUUGCCCCACACUGCCCCUCCAAUAACGUUCCAGUUAUUUCUGCCAGCUGCAGGACAAACUGUGCGAGCAUCAACAAUGCAGGGUGGCAGGUCAAGUACUGACACUGUGGCUUAGAUUUAUGAGGAUAGAGGUGCAUUAUAUGACAAAUAAAUCAUGGCCUUCAAAUGAAGAGGAACACAGAAUAAUCAGUUGAGGACACGAGUACUGACUAUGCUCAAGUGAUUUGCUGCUGGAAAAACCUGUAAAAAGAAAAAGUAAAAUAAAUUUUGAAAAAAAAAAAUGUUUGCUGGUUAAUGGUGCAUAUUUUUGUCAUGUCUGCUAGGUAUGCCUUUAUAGCUUAGCUAGUGACAUGAAUUCAUUGAGGUAAGAUUUUUUCCUACCACUGAACACCACUGUGUAGAUUGUAAUAUCCCUGAUUCGGAUUAGUUUUGUACUUUGUGUUGAGUUUGUGAAGCUAAAAGUAUUUAAAAAUAUAAUAAAAUCACAUUGUACCAAAGCUGUAAUGGAAA